AUGGAAGAGCCAAGCGAACGGAGCCCCCUGCUGGGGAGCGGCGGCCACGACGUCGCCCGCUCCCCGGGCAGCGGGGGCCCCAGCGUCUUCCGCGGCCGACGCUUGGCCUGCGCCGCCGUGCUCUUGACCGAACUGCUGGAGCGGGCGGCCUUCUACGGCGUGACCUCCAACCUGGUCCUCUUCCUGAACGGGCCCCCCUACAACUGGGAAGGGGCCCAAGCCAGCCAGGCCUUGCUGCUCUUCAUGGGGGUCACCUACCUGGUCUCCCCCUUUGGCGGCUGGCUGGCCGACGCCCUGCUGGGCAAGUUCCCCACCAUCUUGGCCAGCAUGGCCCUCUACCUGCUGGGCAUGCUGGCCUUCCCCGCCAUGGCCGUCCCCACCACCAUGCAGUGGCUCUGCGGCGACGUCCCCCUUUCGCCCAUCGAGAACUGCUCCUCGCCCGUUAAUGCCACCGGCUCUCCGUGCCGCCUGCCGGGGACCAACCGCUACUGUACCGUCGCCGCCUUCGUCGGCCUGGUCCUCGUGGGGAUCGGCGUGGGAUCCGUCAAGGCCAACAUUACACCCUUCGGAGCUGAUCAGGUCAAAGAUCGAGGCCCUGAAGCCACCCGCCGUUUUUUCAACUGGUUUUACUGGAGCAUUAAUUUGGGCGCCAUCUUGUCCCUGGGAGGCAUUGCGUACAUCCAGCAGAACGUCAGCUUCGUCACGGGAUACAUCAUCCCGACCGUCUGCAUCGGGGUCUCCUUCGUCGUCUUCCUGUGCAGCCAGAGCUUCUUCAUCACGAAACCCCCCGAUGGCAGCGCCUUCACGGACAUGUUUAAGAUUCUGGCUUAUUCGUGUUGCUCCAGGAAAAGGCCCCAAGGAUACUCGAGCAACAGGGACACCCAAGGUAUACUCCAGCAACCUCCUCUAAAGCAAAGCCUCUUUGAGACAGCCAAAGCAUCUCGUGGAGGGCCCUUCAGAGAAGACAAAGUCGAAGAUGUGAAGGCGCUGGUCAAGAUCAUCCCCGUCUUCCUGGCGCUCAUACCUUACUGGACGGUGUAUUUUCAGAUGCAGACGACGUACGUCCUCCAGAGCCUGCACCUGAGAAUCCCUCAGUUUUCCAACAGCACCUCGAGCACCCACACGUUCCCAGCAGCCUGGCUGACCAUGUUUGAUGCCCUGCUCAUUCUCAUCCUCAUCCCUUUGAAAGAUAAAGUGGUCGACCCCGUUCUGAAGAGGAACGGCCUGCUUCCUUCGUCGCUGAAGAGGAUUGCGGUGGGAAUGUUCUUUGUGAUGUGCUCGGCUUUUGCCGCAGGAAUAUUGGAAAGCAAUCGGCUGAGUAUGGUGAAGGUCAAAACAAUCGACCAGAAGAUUGGGAAUGUGCUGUAUCAUGCGGCCGACAUGUCAAUCUGGUGGCAGGUCCCUCAAUAUAUCCUGAUUGGGUUCAGCGAAAUAUUUGCAAGCAUCGCGGGUCUCGAAUUCGCCUAUUCGGCCGCUCCCAAAUCUAUGCAAAGCGCUAUCAUGGGUCUCUUUUUCUUCUUUUCCGGAAUCGGGUCCUUUGUGGGCUUGGGGCUGCUGGCCUUGGUGUCGAUUAAGCAGAUCGGCUGGAUGAGCAACCACGCUGAUUUUGGUAACAUCAAUGGCUGCCAUUUAAAUUACUACUUUUUCUUGUUGGCGGCUAUCCAAGGAGCAACCCUUCUGCUUUUCCUUAUUGUUUCUGUGAAAUAUAACCACCAAAGAUCCCGGACUAAUGGAGCCGCUGCCGGUGGGCGGACCUGAUAUGAUCUGCGGGGGCAG